AUGUGGCUUCAUGCAGUUGUGGCCUGCCUUCAGCUAUUGGGUAUUUCGUGUGCCUAUGUCAGAAAAGAGUUGUCUUGUUUGCAUGAGUAUCAGAGCAGCGUCCGUUAUGAAGGCGAGAAAGAUAGGACGGUCAACAAUGUUCCAUGUCAACAGUGGUCCAAAUACUCGCUUAUCGUUGGGUUUGAAGCUGGUCUGCAGUAUGCGGGGGUAACGCACAGUUUCUGUCGGGAAUAUCCGCCAAACAAUCGAUACGGGCCAUGGUGUAUCACUGGCGUAGGAUCAGACAUACAGGUCGACCCUGUGAAUUGGGAACCGUGCUUCGCAUUGUGCAGUCAUCUUGACCAGACCUGUGUUCCGCCCAACGUAUCUUAUUCGUCCGUACACGACUUCUUCAGCGAGCGAAAGGCUUCGAUCUCUGGUCGCUCAUGUUUGGCGUGGAAUCAGGUCCAGCAGUUGAGCGAAACACCACUUCACUCGUGGAGUCACAAUUUUUGCCGCGUCGUGCCAGACUUAGGCACGCUUCUACCUUCCUGCUACGUGAAUGAAUCUUUCAUCGAAGAGUGCUACAGUUUCUGUGAGGAACAUGUUGAAUGCGUGUCCAGCGAAAAUGAACUUAUCGCUUACAACGGUAAGAAAAGCUCAACGGUGAAUGGUCGAAUUUGUGCGCCAUGGACGGAAAUGAUGAGCGCAUAUGCCUUUGACUUCCCUGCCACGCAGAAGGACAAACACUACUGCCGCAAUUUCGGCGAGUUAUCGAUUGGACCGUUUUGUUUGCUCGACCCUCAGCUGAACGGCGGCGUGGUAGCGGAACCCUGUUUCCAAUACUGUUAUGAUUCGGCUGGCCUUUGCGUCGAUGAACACAAGCUGAUGAAAGUUGAUACUCAUUGGUGGCUGAAGUACUACUUCGCUGGCUUGGCGGUGAUGAUAGUCUACAUCUUAGUUUCGUACGCGUUCCAAUCUCUUCUACUACGCAGAUACGUCGGUAUGUUUUUCUAG